GGGGAAUCUCUAUACUGUCGUCUGUGGUCUGCACAAGCAAUGAUGCCGCUGGUCAAUGGCACGGCGAAGGAGGUGCGGAUCAGCUUACUCGGCAAAGAGAGUAUCAUAAUCAAUUUCGGCCUAUGGCGCAACUAUGUUGCCUCAGACUUGCUCAACAACCUUGAGUCAUCUACCUAUGUCCUGUUCACCGACACCAACCUCGGCGCUCUCUACAUUGAAAGCUUUCAGGAAGCUUUCAAAUCCGCAGCACAACAAGCAGGAAAAUCGUCACGGCUACUGGUUCAUGAAAUCCCGCCCGGGGAGAGCUCCAAAUCACGGCAAACCAAGGAUGACAUUGAGGAUUGGCUUCUGAGUCAAAGUCCACCAUGUGGUCGAGAUACGGUCAUCAUCGCCCUGGGUGGCGGCGUCGUUGGCGACCUGAUGGGCUUUGUUGCUGCGACUUAUAUGCGAGGCAUUCGGUUUGUCCAAGUUCCGACUACACUGCUUGCCAUGGUUGACUCGUCGAUUGGUGGAAAGACUGCCAUCGACACACCCCUUGGUAAGAACCUUGUAGGUGCCAUCUGGCAACCACAGCGCAUCUAUAUCGAUCUCGAUUUCCUUGGAACUCUACCACGAAGAGAGCUCGUCAAUGGUAUGGCCGAGGUUGUCAAGACCGCAGCUAUUUCCGAGGAGGAGGAAUUCGUUGCCCUCGAGAAGAAUGCUGAACGUAUUAUGGCUGCUGUUAAUGGAGACAUCAGUCAGGGUGCGGCUAGGUUCAAGGACAUCGAGUCUAUCUUGCUCCGUAUAAUAUCAGCAUCCGCCAAAUUCAAAGCACACGUCGUCACCAUUGAUGAAAGAGAGACGGGUCUCCGCAACCUGCUGAACUUCGGACAUUCAAUUGGACAUGCCAUGGAAGCUUUCUUGACACCUCAAGUACUCCACGGCGAGUGCGUUGCAAUUGGCAUGGUCAAGGAGGCGGAACUCGCUCGACACUUGGGCAUUUUGAGCGGAGUUGCUGUUGGCAGAUUGCAGAAAUGCAUCGCUGCCUAUGGCCUGCCUACGCGUCUUGACGAUGAAAGGGUGCGCAAACUGUCAGGAGGCAAGCGCUGCACCGUAGACGGUAUGCUCAAAAAGAUGGGUGUAGACAAGAAGAACGACGGUGCAAAGAAGAAGGUUGUCCUGCUCUCUGCCAUUGGACACACACACGAACAGAAGGCCAGUGUCGUGUCAGAUUCCGACCUCCGUGUGGUUCUUUCUCCGAGCAUUGAGGUUCUACCUGGCGUACCAAGCGAUCUCAAUGUUGUUUGUGCACCACCAGGCUCAAAAAGCAUCUCGAACAGAGCACUAGUACUUGCAGCACUAGGUCAAGGCACAUGCCGUAUCAGGAACCUGCUCACAUCCGCCGAUACCGAAGUCAUGCUCGAAGCUCUUACUCGACUGGGAGCUGCCACCUUUACUUGGGAGGACGAUGGCGAGGUCCUGGUUGUAAAUGGCAACGGCGGUCAUCUGGAAGCCAGCCAUCAUCCUCUAUAUCUCGGCAAUGCUGGUACAGCGGCACGAUUUCUGACAACAGUAGUCACUCUGACCCGCCAGAACCAGGUCGCAUCCACAAUUCUGACGGGCAAUGCUCGCAUGAAGCAAAGACCGAUUGGAGACUUAGUGGACGCACUGAAGGCUAACGGCGCCGGAGUCGAAUAUCUCGAAAGCACUGGCUGCCUUCCAUUAAAUAUUACCGCUUCAGGUGGCUUUAAUGGAGGUGAGAUCAAGCUUGCUGCAAAAGUGUCAUCACAAUACGUCUCAUCACUCCUGAUGUGCGCUCCAUACGCAAAAGAGCCAGUCACGUUGAGGCUUGUGGGAGGAAAGCCUGUCUCGCAACCAUAUAUUGACAUGACUAUUGCUAUGAUGAGCUCUUUCGGCGUACAUGUCCGGAAAUCAGAGACAGAAGAACAUACUUAUCACAUUCCACAAGGCACAUAUCGGAACCCAUCAGAAUAUGUCGUGGAAAGUGAUGCAAGCUCGGCCACAUACCCGUUAGCCAUUGCAGCGAUCACCGGAACGACAUGUACCAUCCCCAACAUUGGCUCCUCCUCUCUACAAGGAGAUUCGCGCUUUGCAACAGACGUGCUGAGGCCGAUGGGCUGUGAAGUCAAGCAGACAUCGACAUCGACAACAGUGACAGGUCCACGUAACGGAAGGCUAACACCUCUUUCAAAUAUUGAUAUGGAGCCUAUGACGGACGCCUUUUUGACGGCCUCGGUACUCGCAGCUGUGGCUCAGGGUGGAAGCUCAAACACGACUCGCAUAUAUGGCAUCGCCAACCAGAGAGUCAAAGAAUGCAAUCGCAUACAAGCAAUGGAGGAUGAGCUGGCCAAGUUCGGUGUUACCUGUCGCCAAUUUGACGACGGAAUUGAAGUCGACGGCAUUGAUCGAACUCAAUUAAAGCAACCGAAAGGUGGUGUCCAUUGCUACGACGACCACCGAGUCGCCAUGAGUUUCAGUGUCCUGGCCUUAGCUACCCCGGAGCCGACCCUCGUCUUGGAGAAAGAGUGCACUGGGAAGACGUGGCCAGGGUGGUGGGACACGAUGGCUCGACAAUUCAAUGUCAAACUGCAGGGAGUAGAACUCGAUUCUUCAACACAACCUACAAAGAAGAAGCUCAAUCGCAGUACUGCAUCAGUAUUUAUCAUCGGCAUGAGGGGAGCAGGAAAGACCACGUCUGGUCGAUGGGCAGCACGUUCUUUACGGAAAAGGUUGAUCGACCUAGAUACAGAACUCGAAUCUCGCGAGAAGAGGACCAUCCCAGAAAUCAUCAGAGAAAGUGGAUGGGAGUAUUUCCGUGAACGUGAGUUGGCCCUGCUAAAAGCAGUCAUCAAGGAGAAGCCCAAUGACUACAUCUUCGCCUGUGGUGGUGGAAUUGUUGAGGCCCCUGAAGCUCGGCAGUUGUUGAUCGAAUGGCAUCAGAAGACUGGAAACGUUCUUCUGGUGCAGCGGGACAUCAAUCAAGUCAUGGACUUCUUACAGAUUGACAAGACGCGCCCAGCCUAUGUCGAAGACAUGAUGGGAGUCUGGCUACGAAGGAAACCGUGGUUUGAACAGUGCAGCAACAUUGUCUACUACAGUCAAAGCAUACCGAACGAGCAAAUGUCCGAAGCGGCUGAGGAUUUCGACCGCUUUCUGCAGAUGGUCACCGGCAAGAUCGACAUCCUUUCCCAACUCAAGCGGAAACCAGAGUCGUUCUUCGUCGCUUUGACGUUCCCGGAUCUGAGACCGCACCUGAAGAGUCUCCCGGAAGUCUGUCUCGGCUCUGACGCAGUCGAGCUACGUGUGGACUUGCUCGUGGAUCCCGAGUCGACCUCUAAAAUACCAUCACCCGAAUACGUAACCGCACAGCUCUCGCUCCUACGUGCGACAGUACCUCUACCCGUGGUAUUCACAAUCCGAACGAGUGCCCAAGGCGGCAAAUUCCCGGAUAACGCUCACAACGAAUACCUCAAUCUAUGUACCCUAGCCAUCCGCAUGGGCUGUGAGUUCGUCGAUUUGGAAGUCGCUUCUUUCCCCGAAUCGAUUCUCAACCCUAUCCUCGAGAAGAAGAACAGCUCUUACAGCAAGAUCAUCGCCUCUCACCACGACCCUCAAGCGCGCCUAUCCUGGUCCAGACCAGGGUCCUGGAUAGCAAUCUACAACCGCUGCCUCCAGUACGGCGACAUCGUGAAACUAAUCGGCGUCGCAAAGACCAUCGACGACAACUUCACCCUCCGCAACUUCAAGAAAUGGUCCGCCUCACAGCAUCCCGAUCUCCCCCUUAUCGCUAUCAACAUGGGUCGCGCGGGCCAAGCAUCCCGCAUCUUGAACGGCUUUAUGACUCCCGUCAGCCAUCCCGCUCUCCCCUUCAAGGCCGCACCAGGCCAACUCUCCGCCACCGAGAUCCGCCAGGGCCUGUCACUGCUCGGCGAAAUCACCCCAAAACAGUUCUACCUGUUCGGCUCGCCCAUCUCAGCCAGCAAAUCUCCCGCCCUGCACAACAGACUGUUCAAAGAAACAGGUCUACCACACACAUACUCCGCCUACGAGACGACCUCACUCGACGAGAUCAAGUCCAAAAUCCGGUCCGAGGACUUCGGUGGCGCCAGCGUCACCAUCCCACUCAAACUCGACGUGAUGCCGCUUCUGGACGAAGUUGACCCAUCAGCCCGCCUGAUCGGCGCGGUCAACACCAUCGUGCCCGUUGUUGGACCGACUGGCAAGACGACAUUAGUAGGCCGCAACACCGACUUCCUAGGCAUGAUGGACUGUCUGCGCGCCGCCGGAGCUUCGACAGCACUCGGCGACGCCCAACAGUCAGGCCUAGUCAUUGGUGGAGGCGGCACCGCUCGCGCCGCCAUCCACACCCUCCACUCCAUGGGCUAUAAGCCAAUACACCUCAUUGGUCGGGACCGGGCGAAGAUCGAGGAACUUGCUGCGAGCUUCCCGUCGGAGUAUGAGCUCGUCGUGCUCGACACCGCUGGAGAGGUGAAGCAGCAACUCGCGACGCCACCGACCAUCGCUAUCGCUACGAUCCCAGCAAGUAUACCUAUUGACGCUGCGCUGGGGAAUGCUCUCCAAGAGAUUCUGGAAACGUCUGUUCCUGCGUCGAUUAUGCUGAAAGGUCAGGGCUCGGCUGCCCCUGCGAGGAUAUUGCUUGAACUCGCGUACAAGCCUGCGCAUACGGCUGUCAUGCAGAUGGCUGAGAGCGCCGGUGGAUGGAAGACGGUGCAGGGUUUAGAGACGCUCGUGACGCAGGGCGAGUGGCAGUUUGAGUAUUGGACUGGGAUUCGGGUGAGAGGACUUGGUGGGAGGAUCAGUAGAGAAGUCGUGCUCGGUUCUGGCGCGUGAUAUGCGUGUCAAGAGUACUCAUUCGAGCGAAGCUGAGUGUCUGUCACUACAGUAGUCUGUCUAUCAGAUCGGAGUAUCAGUGAGUCGAGUUCCCCAAUUCGGGCGACAGGUCUUGUAUGCGUCACUAUCAGAAAAAAGCAUCGGAGAAAGUGAUACGAUAGAUGGAUGGCCAAGGAUCGGAAAAACAAAAGCUUUGAUACCAAAAAAACGGUGAAUUUCAAGUUCGUAGAUAUUCGAAACAUUGAUGGCAACAUUG